AUGUCUGCUAGCUACUGGGAGUCGACACAGCGUCUGAAAUGGCAGCAUACAAGGGAAAGUUUGUCAGCGGAGAGACACCAGCUAUGGCUUUUAGAGUGCCAAUUAUUUCCACAAGGCUUGACGGUGACGAUGGAAAACACCAAAGGAUCAGGUCAACCUGUCACAAGAACCAUUCCGAUCACGAACUAUGACAUGCACUACGAUAAGGACUACAACUUGCGGAUUUACUGCUAUUUUUUGAUCAUGAAGCUCGGCCGAAGGCUAAAUAUAAGACAGUACGCACUUGCCACAGCACAUAUAUAUCUAUCGCGGUUUAUGCUUCGGGCUUCGGUACGAGAGUGUAACCUGUAUCUGCUGGUCACCACGUGCAUCUAUCUAGCCUGCAAAGUGGAAGAAUGUCCGCAACACAUCCGAUCAUUGGUCAACGAAGCGCGCUCUUUGUGGCCCGAGUUUGUGCCUCCAGAUCCUACCAAAGUCACAGAGUUCGAGUUCUACUUGCUUGAAGAGCUACAAAGCUUUCUGAUUGUCCACCACCCGUAUCGGUCAAUGGAGCAGAUCGUCGAGGCGCUGCGGCUCGAGCCCUACGCAUUGACACUUUCAGCAGAGGAUCUACAAAAUACAUGGUCCCUGAUCAAUGACAGCUACAUCACAGAUGUUCAUCUAAUAUACCCACCGCAUGUGAUAGCGAUGGCCUGUUUUUUCGUUAUCAUAUGUUUGCAAAAACCAUACCGGGCCAAACACCAAGAAACGUUCAAUAGAUUCAUGGCUGAGUCGCAGGUCGAUUUGGCAGAAGUGAUGAACACCGUACAGGAUCUCAUCGCAUUGUAUGACUGUUGGGACAAAUACAAUGAGCUUUGGAUAAAGUUUUUGUUGCAUUCUCUGUAUUUACGCAGAGGCUAG